AGCUUUCCUUCAAAAGCACUGCGAUCAGCAAGGAAAAUGUGAAAUAGGCCUUUACUGCUAUCCAGGAAUAAACUUACCAUCUUGGAUCUUAGGGUAAUAGUUUGAAUGCUUGCAUUCUAUGUUUGUUUUUUAAGGGUCAUCUCUAUUAGAGCAAAUUUUCAGUUUGUUUAUACUUUUAAUAACAAAAAUGCAGUAAUACCGUAGUAAUACAGUCAGGAGGCGCUGGGGUCUUGCAUUCUUUAAGAAAAAAGAUGACAUUACAAUCGUUUGAAAAGCCAAUGCUAAAGCUUUUUUGUAUCUUCAGUUUGUGAUCUGUAGUGUCUGUAACUAUAUCCAUUCUUUAAGAAGCACAUGAUUAAGCAUAUUUAUAGAAAUGUAAAAAAUUAAUGACUAGUAUCUUUUGUUGCAUGUGUUUAAAAAUGGAGGUGAUCUAACAGAAUGACUGUGCAGCUUUUUUAAUGUAUUCUUGUCUCACUAGCAAAAAAAAAGAUGCAUUGGAGACAAAUUUUAUGCUUUAACCUAAUUGAGUGUACAGUUACAGUUCCAUUACGAAUGUUGUAGAAAAAAGUACUGAGCAAUGCAGCACUAAAGUGACAUUGAUUAUUUAAUGGCUAGGAAAUUUAAAUGUUUGUGAUCUCAACACUCAUGUUAAUUCAGCAAUUUAAAAAAUCCUACUUCUGCUGAUGAAUUCUAAUGUUUUUAUCCUUUAUAUAUGUAUCUUUUAUAUCCAUUGCAUUUAGGAUGUAAUAUAGAAUCCCAGCACGGCAAGCUUAUUUUCUUCAGGUGAUGUAUACAGCAGUGGCUGUGCUUCUUAGGGGGGAUGAUCUGCGUUGGUAUUUUCCUAUUGUCACACUGCACCUAAAAUGCAUAACAGUGCAAGAAGAUGAAUCACAGUAAACUGUGAAGAUGUCGGUGAAGUGUGUGAGUGAGUGCUGUAAUCAUAAACCAUGCAGAAGCGCUCAGGAACUUUCUCACUGAUCAGAAAAUACUUUUUCCCCAGCCCAGCAGUGGAGCAGGUUGCCCAGAGAUGCUGUGGAGUCAUCAUCCCUGGAGGUUUUCAAGACCUGACUAGAUAAAGUCUUGAACUACCUGGUCUGGUGUCACAGCUGGGCCCCGCUUGAGCAGGAGGUUGGCCUAGGCAGCCUGAGGUCUCUUCCAACCUGAUUUAUCUGAUGUCCCAAUGAGCUGAGCAGCAACACAGUUUUCUUCUGCUGUGUGACUGGGAGCUACCAGGGCAUUUUGAUUAUUACAGCUAUCGUUGCUGAGUAAUUAACUGCUACGUAUGAUGCAGGACAGGCUUAUUAGCUGCUUACUGGCAUCAGUGGCUCUUCAUGUACACAGAAUGCUGCAGUUUCCAAGUCUUCGUUCCAGAUCUCGUCAUUACUGCAGUGAUAAAUCACUUGCACAAGAAGGAAAUAUAACUAAUUGUACAUGGGAACCCAGGCUUAGAAGAAAUUUGAAGAUUUAUGGGAAGCGUUCAUAUUUUAGUUGCCACUUGCUCAUCUUGGCUGUUUGUGGCAUUAAUAAAUUCAAGUGCUUGUCUUUAUCAAAUGGAGCCACUAGAGGGGGGGAUUGGAGCGAACAACUGUUGAGGAAGCACUGCGAUGUAAAGCUCUGUGAGUGAGAGCAGAAUGAUACUUCGUGUUCUUCUGUUUAUUACGGCAAAAACUCCAAAUCCUUCAAGUUCCAGCUGCCUAUUCUCCUAUUGAUCCAGAUGCACCACCAAUGUUAUCGACUUACUUCAUGAAGAAAAGCAAUCUUCAAUAUAUUCUUGUUGAGAAUGACAAAAUAAAUAAAUUCCGGAUGUCCCAUGUUGGUUGGUUUGACUGCAGUUCUUCCACAAUAGAACAUAUUGGUUUAACUCUCUUCCAAAUGAGCUUGAGCAAUUCUGAUUUAAAUUCACAAGCAGACGAUGUGAAAAGUAAAUAUGAACCUCUCAAAGCUCUGGAUAACUCACAGCCGGGAUAUACCAUUUGCCCAGAUCAAACUGAAGUAAAAACAUCAGAAGGAGGAUACAUGGACGUUGGCCAGAAAUACUCCUUAGCGUAUGUCUUGCAUACAUCAGGAACUACUGGGAUCCCCAAAAUAGUCAGAGUGCCUCAUAAAUGUAUAGUGCCAAAUAUUCAACAUCUUAAAUCCAUAUUUGAAAUCACACAGGAUGAUAUGCUAUUCCUGGCUUCUCCUCUAACAUUUGACCCAUCUGUGGUUGAAUUGUUCAUUGCUCUGACAAGUGGAGCCUCUGUUCUUAUAGUACCAAACACUAUUAAAAUGAUGCCUGUGGAGCUGUCUGCUGCUCUGUUUCACCAUCACCAUGUGACAGUGUUGCAGGCAACACCAACACUUCUCAGAAGGUUUGGAGCUCACAUAAUUAAAUCAAGAGUGUUGUCUGCAAAUACCUCACUUCGUGUCUUAGCCCUUGGUGGUGAAGCAUUUCCUGUACUGAAUCUCUUGAAAAGUUGGAAGCACAAGGAGAACAAAACAAGUAUUUUUAAUCUAUAUGGUAUUACUGAAGUGUCAAGCUGGGCCACUUGCUACAAGAUACCUGAAGAGGUUUUUAGUGCUGAUUUUAGGACUGAUUUCCCUAUUCCUUUGGGAUCACCACUCCUUGGCACAAAAGUUGAGGUCAGAGAUACCAACGGUUCUGCAGUUCUAGAAGGCGAAGGACAAAUAUUUAUAGUUAGCCAUUUAAUAUAUAAGAAGAUGAUCUUUUCUUGUGUAGGUGGUGAAGAACGAAUCUGCUUUCUUGAUGCUGAAAUAACUGUACCCCUGGGUACAAUGAGAGAAACAGGGGAUUUUGUAAGAGUGCAGGAUGCAAAGUUGUUCUUCGUGGGUCGGAAAGACAAUCAGAUUAAACGUCACGGCAAACGUUUUAAUAUUGAAUGUUUGCAGCAGGCUGCUGAAGAUCUUUGUCAGGUAGAAGCUUGUGCAGUCAUCUGGUAUCGGCAAGAAAAACUUAUCCUGUUUGUUGUACCCAAAGAUGAUUUAGAAGAGAGAGAAACACUUAAAGAACUCCAGAAACGUCUACCAGCUCAUGCAGUCCCUGAUGAGCUUGUACUCAUUAAAGCAUUGCCUUUAACACCACAUGGCAAAGUUGAUAUAUCUGAACUGAACAAGAUUUACCAGAACCGUCUAAACUCCAGAAGGCGUGACAGUAAGCUGAGUGGCGCAGAGGAAUUGUGGGAAAGAUUGCAGUAUUUAUGGAAGUCUGUUCUGGGUCUCCUAGGUGAGUCCACUGGAAUUCCUAAAGAUGCAGUAUUUCUAUACAGUGGUGGAGACUCCUUAAAGGCUCUACGAUUUUAUGAUGAAAUUGAGAUGCUAGUAGGCAAAGCUGUGCCUGGACUCCUUGAAGUUAUUCUCAGCCGCUCAAUUGAAGACGUUUAUAGACAUAUUCUUAAAAUUCUGUUUCCAGUUGAAGACCAAUUAAUGAAUGAUGACAAUGUUGUGAAAAGAAAAUUAAGUGGGAACAGUGGAGAGGACUUCCAUGGAAAAUAUAUUAAGCUGGAAUCUGAAAGAGGUCUUGAGGUUGCCUCAGGGUUAAUUUCAUCUAUUGCGCUAAGCAGAGGAAAUAAAUUUUUUUCUGUGAAUUGCACCAAGUCUUUUAUGCAACCCAAUAAUACAGUACAGGUAGGAGUGGAACUGCUACAGCAACCAUCCUUUCUGCAUUUAGUGACUCCAAGUGUAAUGAACAGCCACGCGCAAGAGUAUGAAAUGGAGAACAGAAUUUUAACACUUACGAACAAGGCAAAUAAAACAGACUGUUGCUCUGUACAGCAGAUCCAUGCAGACUGUAGCCAUGUGACAAUGGCAGAGUUGGCAUUAUGCAUAAGAUGGAAGUCAAAUACAAGAAAAUGUGUUGAUGCAUCACCACUGGUCGUAAUACCAUCUACAGAAGGAGUAUCUGCAUCUGUAUAUGUUGGCUCUCACUCUCAUGCAAUGCAGGCGAUAGAUCUUGAUUUGGGAGAAAUAAAAUGGGAGCAGAACCUCGGAGAUCGUAUUGAAUCUUCUGCCUGUGUAUCUAAGUGUGGAAAUUUCAUUGUUGUUGGUUGUUAUGAUGGUUUAGUGUAUGUCCUUCAAAGCAGCAACGGAGAAAUACACUGGACUUUUGGCACAGAGGAUACUGUGAAAAGCUCUGCAGUUGUAGACCCUUCCAGUGGACUAGUCUACAUAGGAUCACAUGACCAACAUGUAUAUGCUUUGGAUAUUUAUAAAAAGGCAUGUGUAUGGAAGUUACAUUGCGAAGGUGGAGCUGUGUUUUCAUCUCCUUGUCUAAGUUCUUUUCCACAUCAUCUUUAUGUUGCUACACUAGGAGGACUACUAUUGGCUGUAAACCCAGUGACUGGGAGUAAGAUUUGGAAAAGCUUCCUGGGAAAACCACUCUUCUCCUCUCCUCACUGCAAUGAGAAGUACGUUUGUGUUGGGUGUGUGGAUGGAAACUUGUAUUGUUACACUCAUUCUGGAGAAAAGGUUUGGCAUUUUUCCACUAAUGGACCAGUGUUUUCAUCUCCAUGCAUCUCAAGUUUAACUAAGCAAGAAAUAUUUUUUGGCUCCCAUGACUGCUUUAUCUACUGUUGUAACAUGGAGGGUAAUUUACUGUGGAAAUUUGAAGCCACUUCAAGUGUAUACGGAACACCAUUUGUUUUCCAAAGUGAUGACUUAAAGAACAAAAUUCUUUUGGCAGCAGUAUCUAUAGAUGGCAAAGUGUGGAUCCUGAAUGCCAAGAGUGGAACAGCAGAAGGAGUAGAUAAGCUUCCAGGAGAGGUUUUCUCUUCCCCCGUAGUAUGGGGAACAAAGCUUGUUGUUGGCUGUAGAAAUGAUUAUGUUUAUUGCCUGGAUUUGUAUAUAAGAGGAAAAAAAGAACAGCUAAGAUGUUAAGCUGCUUUUUUUCUGUUGCUUACAUUUGUAAAUCAAGAACUCACAGGUGCUCUCUACCUCUCUGCCUAUUUUACUGUAGGUAAGAGGUGCUCUCUGCAAACUUCUUGGGUAGCAUUUUGCACCAGGCAUUGUCCAGAGUAGGUAAAGUGCUGUUUGUUGACUUGCUGUACUGAUUGAAGGGGGGUGGCUGCUCAGCACCCAGCCAGAAUUUUCACUGCCCCUCCCUCAUUUCCCAGCUGUGAUUCAUCAACAAACAUGUUUUGUACAGUUUGGAUUUAAGUGUUGUGCUUUGACCUCAGUAGUAAGAAAAUGAAAGUCAGUAGUUUGGCUUCAAACACUUGCAGGAUUGGGAGAAAACUGUGGUAAGGUGCCAUACUCUGCAGGAAUAACAUGCUUGUCUCCCUGAGGGAGGAAUGUAUUCCUCUCUCUGAGUCCAGCCUAGCCUGUGCCCCGAGGUUCCUUCCUAGCCUGUGCUUGCUCUUCCAUGCGUCAGGCUGGUGUUUGUCUAGUCUGAUGACGUUUCUAUGCCAUGGCAAGGUAACCCAAGUCCUUUUUUGAGUCUAACUGUUCACCUGAUUUCCAAAGACAUAGCCUGCAUUGCAUAUACUGGGCUGUGACCUGUUUACUACAGUUUGUAUAAACUGAGUAGUUCAUCUUUUGUGAGCCUAGGCCCUCCUUGGCUUCAGUUCAGCCAAGCAUGUAUUUAAACUCCACUGAAGUCAGUAGGAGUUACUUCUUGUAUUCUGAAGUGGAAAUAUACUUACACUUGUAUAUUUAUUAAAUCUCAAUGACAGGUACAGUAUGAGUUCCAAGAUGAAGUGUGCACUGCUCAAAUCAACCAUUGUCAAAUCGUUUUUUAAGAUAUUUGAAUGAAUGCUCUCUACAGUGUCUUUACAGAGAACUAUUAAUAAAGGGUUGUAUAAAUUGGUUUUGGUUGUUUUUAAUGCCUUAAAAAGAAUUACCAGUGGUCUUAGUAAUGUGAAUCAAGCAUUUGAAGUGACAAAAGUACACUUAACACAGAGCAUCUUCCUCAUAAUGAGUCUUCUGAAAGAACUAUAGUAGAAACUAUUAUCUCACUUUCUCUGAUGAGCCAUCCACUUUGGAUUCUAACAUCUUGAAUGAAAAAGUAAAGUAGAAGUUGCACUGGCUAUGUUGCUUCAUCACGUCUGGUUCCUCCAUUUUAUCGUUAGCAGAAAUGCAUAGGCAAGAUGCUUGUAGCACUGUAAAAAGGUCUAUUUAUAAAGGAAACGUGAACUACCCGUUUAGCAAAAGGAGACACAGAAUACUUAACACCAUUGAUUAGAUAAUUUUGACUGGGUUAUAGUUUAAUAAGAAUUAAAAUGACAUUAGUAUAAUAAACAAUUGCACUUUAAAACAUUUGAAAAAUUAAAAAAAGUACACAACAAAUACCCCACAAUUAUACAUCUUACAGUUUUUAUACAUUACUAUAUGAACAUAGAGGUUAAUUGUGUAUAACCUUGUCAGGAGAAAUGGUAUUUUGUGUGUAUAAGUUACAAAAAAUUGCGACA